AGAUUUGUGAGAGGCUGGUUCUUUUCGGACGCUUAUAGUAUGAAGUUGCUAUUACGGUUUAUAACCACAGUACCAGUGGCAGUAACGCUAGUCAGCAGCAUUGUGAACGUUGGAUGACUGAAAAGAGCUGUGGAAGUUGCUGACACAAAUUUGUAUUUUGCUUUGUUGAAAAGUUUGCGCUUUUCUAGUCAUAUUUUCGUUAUUUUCUAUCUGCUAUAAUCUUUGCUUUUAUUUCAAUAUGUGGUUAUUCAUUUAGAUUUUAACCGUGAACGCCAACGGACGAACACGAGCAAAAUAAUUUAAAAUUGAAUCGUGGAUUGAGUACAAAAUGCUCCUUUGACCUAAGUUUGAAGUUAAACAAGUGCAAUAUUAGCUUUAAUCCCGAAAAUUAGUAUACGGCUAAAAUGAAAAUAGAGCCGUCCAAAUUAAUUUUGUGUUUUAUUUCUAUAUACAAUUAAUAUACAGCAACAGCAAUCUUAAAGCUAAAUAAAUAAAAUGUAUACCAUACGUACAUAUGUAUAUGCAUAUAUAGUAGCAAGCAAAAAAGUUUCCACAUGCUAAGACUGCUUCAAUUAAAAAUGUUUCUUUUUGAAUAAUUGAAAUGUGAUAUUACAAAUAAACUACGAUCGCUGAGAAAAGAGAAAGUGUGUUGUGUUCUGUUACCUUUUCCGCAACUUUUGUGGCUCAGUGCUUAUUAAUGUAUAUGUACAUUGCAUAUACCCCGACUUAUUACAUAUCAAAAGUAAUUUCACUCUGCUUUUGCCGCAUGAGCUUACAUUUGUCAUUGUUGUUGAAAACAUGACAGACUCCGAACCGGUCAGUUUGGAGUUCAUCGAAGAUCCAUACUUGCCCAAAUUGGAUAAUAUCACAACUCCAUCACUAGAUGAGGAUACCGAAUUGGAUGAUCAAUUGGUGGACUUGGCCGAUUGGACAAAUGAGACUGAACAAUACUUAAGAGAUUUAACAUUAGAUCAAAUUUUUUACGAUGUAGAUUCAGAUUAUACGAACACGCUUGAACUUCAGGCUGUCGAAACGGAAUUUAUAGCAACGAAACUAGCCAAUCAAUUGCCUUCAACGUCAAUCGCAAAACGCUUCCGAUUACGAUUCUUUACGAAACGUUCAAUGCGUGAGGUUAAAGUGACGUUUAUUGAUUUCUCUAAACCAUAUUUAGCCAAGAUUUCGAGUAGUGAGAAUUAUAAGAAAUUCCUAAAUAUUGGUUCCACAAUUACCAAAGAUAAUACUUCAAAACUAUCGGAACCAGCAUCUCCAGUAGCAUCUGUUGCGUCCGCUGAUAUUGCUGCCGAGUUUGCCGCACUCACCGCAGAAGAGCAAGAGAAGCAACGGGCCGAAUGGAGUCAAGAACUUGCUCGCGUUGAAGAGGAAAUAAAUACAUUGCGUACAGUACUGGCAUCGAAAACGCGACAUGCCUCAGAUUUGAAACGCAAACUGGGGAUCACUAUGUGGAAAGAGAUUACGGACGAUAUGAAUCAGGGCCUGAAGAAUGUUAAAGAAAGCUCUGUUUUUCAAAGUGUUGAACAAAGUGUUGGCAAUCUUACGAAGGCCGUGCAUGAUGCCCCAAUCUUUCAACGUACCGAAUCGGUGCUCAAGUCCACAUCGGAAAAGACCGCUUCAGUAUUUGGUAGUAUAACUAGCGGCAUAACUUCAAAAUUCUCACAAAUGAAAAACUCGGAUUCGAUGCGUUCGAUUGAAGAGAAGGUUGGCUCAGCCUAUGAGAAUGUUAAAGUAAGCUAUGAACACAACAAUUUUUUGUGCCAACCCCAUGCGACAAGAGUAUCAACUUCGCGUUCGGGUUCAAUUAACAGUUUCCCUGAUGCCUUAAAUGAAAACAAUUCGUCGUCCGGCCUGAAUUCGCCAACGGAGUCAAUAACAAAAUAAGUUUAAAAUUAAAUUGUGUUGCGGUUUUUAAUUUUCGUCAGUAUAUUAGCUUUUAAUUUGAAAAGGAAAAACACACAGACACAUACAAAUAUAUACAAAUACAUAUAUUAGCAAGUGGAAUAUUACUUCCCUGUUUUCCUUCCUUUAGUGAGUUGGAAAUUUGUAUUCAUUUUACACAUAUUUGACUUCAAGGCUAUUUGAAUUCUAAAGCGAUAGAAGUAAUAAAAUGUCGACAAAUAAAAAUUUAGUUACGAAGCUAACUAACGCCAUUUGAAUAACUUUAUCUGCAAUUUUUUUAUAAAUUUUGAUAUCGUUAAAAAAUGCGAUGAGUUUGUUAUGUUUUGAACUAAAAACUAAACAUGGGAUGCAUGUACAUUUUCUGUGAAUCACUAAUUGAACGAUACAUGUAUGUUCUCGGUUUUAAUAUAUAUAUCAAAAUUUCUUU